UAGCAACAGAUCAAGUUGCUAUGCUUUUCUCUCUGAAGCAGCAAAUCGAAGGAGCAUAAUAUAUCGUUUAUCGGAUAAUUUAUCCGCGAUUUAAGGCCUAUGAAAACGGGAGAUAUUAAAGCAUAACAAUGUCAAAAGGAACAACAAUCAAAGAUGCUCUUGCUAAAUGGGAAGAGAAAAAUGGGAUGAAAGCUUCUGAAGCUACUGAAGUGAGAUUGUAUGCUCAAAUGCCUCCAAUAGAAAAAAUGGAUGCAUCACUUUCAACUCUAUCGGCAUGCGAAAAAUUGUCUUUGUCAACAAACUGUAUAGAAAAAAUUGCAAACCUUAAUGGUCUCAAAAAUUUAAGGAUUCUAUCACUUGGCAGAAAUAACAUCAAAAAUCUUAAUGGCUUGGAGGCUGUUGCAGACACACUGGAAGAGUUGUGGAUUUCAUAUAACAACAUUGAAAAGCUGAAGGGCAUUGGUGUAUUGAAAAAGUUGAAGGUUUUGUACAUGUCCAACAAUCUUGUAAAAACAAUGGACGAAUUCGGAAAACUGGCAGAUUUGCCAGUCCUCGAAGAUCUUGUCUUUGUUGGUAACGCACUUGAAGAAAAGCACACUGCCGAGGGUGACUGGCGGGAACAAGCCACUAAGAGGCUACCAAAGCUAAAGAAACUAGAUGGAGUUCCUGUCGUUCGACAAGAUGAAGAUGAAGAAGAAGGAGGCGACUAAAGUAACUUUGUUUUAAUUUCAGGCUCAGUAAAAAGUGUUGGUUUUAUGCUUCAUUUAUCAUUGCGACUUCCAGAUAGAACCUCGUAAUAAUAUUUCUGAUAACAGCCUUGGGCUAUAUUUCGGUAAACACAGCUCGAUUCAAGACGAGCCAAUUAUUCCUUUUGGAACAGCCACUUUUAGCAAGGUCCUGUCACAUCUAUGGGAAAAGGCAAAAUAGGGUAACAUAAUAUCACCUCUUCCUUUGUUUCUCUUAAACGUUUAAGCUAGCAUAAUAUCAACCUCAAACAGGACACCAUAAUAUCACCCUCAAAUAGAACACCAUUAUAUCAACCUCAAAAAAUAUACCAUAAUAUCACCCUGAAAAGGAUACCAUAAUAUCACCCUCAAAAUGUACACCAUAAUACCAACCUAAAAUAGGAUACCCCAAUAUCAACCACAAAUAGAACAACAUAAUAUCAACCUCAAAAAAUAUACCAUAAUACCACCCUUAAAAUGUACACCAUAAUACCACCCUUAAAAUGUACACCAUAAUAUCACCCUCAAAAUGUACACCAUAAUACCAACCUAAAAUAGGAUACCCCAAUAUCAACCACAAAUAGAACAACAUAAUAUCAACCUCAAAAAAUAUACCAUAAUACCACCCUUAAAAUGUACACCAUAAUACCACCCUUAAAAUGUACACCAUAAUACCACCCUUAAAAUGUACACCAUAAUAUCACCCUCAAAAUGUACACCAUAAUAUCACCCGCAAAAAUUGUAGAUGACCAUUGAAGAUAGUUCUCAAAAAUUUAUUCAACUUUAUGUAUCGUUUUGUCCUUUCUCAAUUGUAAAUAGCCGCAGUCUUCUCUUUACUGUGUUUUUCGUUUUGUUGUAAAAAAUUCAUCUGGUUUUAAAACAGAGGUUUGUAAGUUGCCUAUUCGAAUGAAAAUAUAUAUCAGA